AUCGCUACAAAUACAAAAAGUAUACAGAAUAAUCUUUCAAUUAGUACCGCCCAUUCCAAGAAAAGAUAAUAAUGAAUGUGUAAUACGCGAGAAUAUGAACAGAGUUCCAAAGUGCGCCUGCUCUUUUUACUUCUCCUGACGAACAUCGCGCGAGUAAACAAACCAAACGAAGUAAUUAUGACGUCCUUGACGAAUCUGCCGCCAAUCGCAAGGCUUUCCAGCAAAGUGAUUCGAAUCCUGGGAUGCAAUCCUGGUCCGAUGACUUUACAGGGCACAAAUACUUACCUCGUAGGCACUGGACGCAGACGUGUGCUAGUUGAUUCUGGAGAAGCAAAGACAGCCGGUGAUUAUAUAAAACUCUUGGACAGUGUAUUAAACGAAGAGAAUGCGACUAUUGAGCAUUUGGUGGUCACACAUUGGCAUCACGAUCACAUUGGAGGAGUGGAGCCCGUGCGAAACUUGCUAAGGAGAUUGUUUCCCACGGAAAAGCAGCCAAUUGUGUGGAAAUUGCCACGAUCGCCGAAUGAUACGAACAGCUCGGAUGAUGAGAAAUCAAUUCAAUGGAAACCUCUGAAGAAUGAUCAAGUUGUGGAGGUCGAAGGAGCGAAGCUUCAAAUAAAAUACACGCCAGGGCACACCAGCGAUCAUGCAUGUCUGUUGCUGCAGGACGAGAAUAUUUUGUUCAGCGGCGAUUGCAUCCUCGGGGAAAGUACGACAGUCUUCGAAGAUCUUCACGAUUACAUGUUGUCGCUAAAUAAAAUUCUAGAGUUGCGGCCCAAGAUAAUUUAUCCAGGUCACGGGCCAGUUCUUAACGAUCCUCUGCCACAUAUACAGUAUUACAUUAAGCACAGACAGCAGAGGGAGGAGAAUAUUUUACAGAUGCUGCAACAACAGGGAAAUGAUAAAUCGAUGACGGAGAUGGACAUUGUUAAGCUGAUAUACAAGGAUACCCCAGAGAAAUUGUGGCUAGCUGCAGCAUUUACUGUGGGACAUCAUCUUCGCAAGCUAGAGAAAGAGGGGAAAGUGUUGCAAGAAGAAGAAGGUGGCUGGCGGAGAAUUAGAGGUAAAAUGUAGAUAGGUGUACCAUGUGAAAAAC